AUGGCCGAGAUCCCAUUGCUCCGCGUCGUGUCCGUGUCCAGCGAGGAUCCGCAACACCCGGCCCGGAACUUGCUGCAGCCGGAGGCCGGCGGGCGAUGGCGGGGGGCGAAGGCGGGAGAGCGGCAGAUCAGCGUGGAGCUGGAGGUCCCCAUGGGGCAGCGCCUCCAGCGCCUGCUCAUUGGCAACAACGGCUCCGCCUUCGUCGAGGCCCUGGUGGGCACCCAGGAGGGGGGCAGCUUCCAGGUGCUGCUGCCCACUGCCGCCUUCAUGACCCCCCGUGAGAGCCGCGAGGGGGCGGAGCCUCGCCGGGGGCGGAGCUUCGGGCCCGAGGCCCUGGUGAAGGGCGCCCUGGAGGGGAGCUGGGACCGCCUGCGCCUCGUCUGCACCCAGCCCUACAGCCAGGAUCGUCCCUUUGGUCUCUCCUAUGUUCGUCUCUUCGGCCCCCCGGAGGAUGCGGCUCCUGCUGAGGCCCCGGUUCGCCGCUUGGGCCUUUUCACCCUCCGGGAGGGGGGGCCCUCCCCCCUGCGCCCCCCCGGGGCCCUCUUCUACCAGCGCCCCCCUUCCCCCACAGGUAAGAGCCCCUCCCCCCUAUAUGCUGGCUCCACCCCCAAACCCCGGCCCCCCAAGCGCCGCCCCUCCCCGCCUCCUCCCACCGCAGCCAAUGGGACGCCUCGGAAACAGCCCCGCCCUCUCACCCCCAAAGCCACGCCCCCUCCCACCCAAACCACGCCCCCUCCGGCCGCCAUCUUGGCCGGGGUGGUGGUGGCCCUGAGUGGUUUCGAGAACCCCCUCCGCGGCCAAUUGCGCGCCGCCGCCGUCGCCAUGGGAGCCGAGUACAGCCCUGAUUGGACGCCGCGCUGCACCCACCUCGUCUCCGCCUUCUCCCGCACCCCCAAAGCCGCCCGGGCCCGGGCCAUGGGGGGGCUCCUCGUGAGCCCUGAUUGGAUCUGGGACUGCCAGAGGCGGGGCCGCCGCCUGCCCUGCCGCCCGUACCUCCUGGAUGGCUCCGCCUCCUCCGGCAGCGAUGGGGAGGAGCCUGAUGAGGCCACGCCCCCUCCAGACCCAGCCCCUCACGUGACCAGUGGUAAGCCACGCCCCCCUCCUCCAUUCCCCCCCCUUUAAAGGGGCCACAGCCCCACAUCGACCCCGUCCAAUCCCAUUGCAGGAGCUGAUUCGGGCGAUGCCAGCGACCAAUCAGAGCCGGAUGAUCCCUAUGGGGGCUCCACAGAGGAGAACAGUGAGGAAGAGGAGGAGGAGGAGGAGCCCAUUCCCCCCUUGCCUGACUUCUUCCGGGGCCUCUCGUUCCUAUUGGCCGGCAGCUUCCCGGAGGGGGAGGGGCGAUGGCUGCGGCGCCUCGUGAUCGCCUUCGGGGGGACCCUGGCCCCCUCCAUGAACGAUGCAGUGACCCACGUGGUGACAGCGGACGGCUGGGACGAGGCCUUUAACCAGGCGCUGGAGCUCCGCCCCUCACUGACCAUCGUGCGCCCCCAUUGGCUGCUGCGCUGCGGCGAGCAACAGCGCCCCCUCCCGGCCCAGCCCUUCGCCGUUGUGCCGACCGACGUGGGGUCGCUGUGACGUCAUCACGCUGGCC